GCCCCAGUUCCCGAGUAUUUAUUCCUCUUGUCGCUCUCGUAGUCAAACGCCGUCUUACCGCCUCAUAUUCAUUCUCCGUUCGCCUGCCCGUCGUUUUUGACAAGUGCCGUCUCUGUGUCCGUCCCUGGCCACCCGACAAAUAGACUAUAUACACUAUACACCUACCAGGAAAACCGUGAGACCUACCUACUUCUACGUGCUCGAAGUGUCUACCAUCAGCCCACGCAUCAACAAACAUGUCGGCUCAGCAAUACUACCAACAAGGCCCCCCUCCUCAAGGAUAUGGACCGCCGCCUCAUCAGGAAGGAUAUCCCCAAUACCCUCAGCAGUCUUAUGGUCAGCCUCCCCCACAAGGGUAUUACCCUCCGCAAGGUCAGAUGCAAUACCAACAGCAGCCUCCUCCUCAGCAGAGCGGUGGUGGGGACGGAUGCUUCAAAGGGUGCAUGGCGGCUCUCUGUUGCUGCUUCGUGGGCGCCGAAUGCUGCGAAUGCUGCGCUGACUGCUGCGAAUGCUGCGCUGAGUGCUGUUGAUAUAGUGAGGAUAAGCAUCACGAUCUCGACGGUUGAAGGUGGAUGUUGAUGGAUCUGAACACAAGCCUCUGAGAAUUAUUCUUGGAGCAACACGGGCGCAAUGCAUGCGGAACCCAAUACACAUGUGCACAAUAUAGGCACGCCAGUACACGAGAUAGAUGGCCGCAAGCUUCGUCAGCUGGAUUGGCAAAGGCAAAUGCAAUGAGCUGUCUGUUAAUGGACGGCAGCAUCCUCGUUUGAUAGUCAAUCACAUCUUUAGUUGGGAAAAGGGUUAAGGGGCGUUGUGGAUAUGUGCACACAGGGUAAUGAUUAGCGAUCACCUCGGUUUCUUACCAAGAGGCAUCGGAGGGGAAGGGGAGGCUUGACUUGUGGUUUUAUGCUAAUACCUAAAGAAUCAUCAUAACAUAUUUACAGUAGAAACCCCCCCUUUUGCUAAAGAUUUC